UAUAUUACAGCAUAAUAUAGUCUCGUUCUUUGUAGGGACUAUAUGUGGGUAUAAGACGUGUCCACGGGGGAACUACCUUGCGAUUUAUCUCCGAAAUAAUGAACAGUAUAAUAUAUCCCCCCCUUCCCCCAGUGAAAAUUCCUGAAAAAAGUAUCGCUAUUGAAAAAUAGCAUGCUUUUCGUCGUCGUCGCGCGCCUCGGCCAAGUAGUGAUAUUAUGAUUUUCAAUUUGCAGAAAUUAUUUUUACUCCUUGAGACCAAUGUGCGAUAGUCCAUAUGGAAUUUUUCGUCGAAAGUCAUCAUUUACAUGGUAGUCGGCGUGUUCGUGAACAUUUUUUUUUUCGAAGCCUAUGUCGAAAUGAAAAAAAAAAGAAACGGAAAUCUGUCGUCUUGACUGGUAUGUGGUAUACAUGGUUGCCGACUACGUGGACUUGUUCGACCACCAUCACAAGCGACGGAUGUAAGCUGCACUAUGAUAGAAACGCUGGUUUUGGUUAUCAGGGAAUGUCCGGCUUAUGGACAUACUGCACUGAGGACGACGAGAGGACAUUUUUCGGCGGACUUCGGACCAAGACGCCUGGCGGCCACCAAGCCACCCCCGCGGGGGUUCUCGUCAGGCCGCGACGACGGCGUGAGGUGCACUACAACAAGCGGCCCAAGCCGGCAGUUCUCUGGAUGGAGCGAGAGGAGGAUGCUCUGGUGCUCGACGGCGAUUACUAUGGCAUGCAGCGGCGGCAGCAGCUUGCACGGGACCAAGCAGAGGACGAGUCUGGAAAUCAGCCUUUGCCUGAGGACCACCACCACGGAAAUGCUGCCCACGUCCGCGAAACCAGCCCGAGUGUUCGUUCUGGGGUCCGGCGGGCGGCCGGCCGGACGGUUUGGACUAGAAAGCUUCCGGCUGCAGAUCGAGGCGCGUCCCGUGCGUGCUGGACCCGGAGAUGGCGACAAGAGGAAGAACUUUCGGAGGUGACGGUGAAACUGAUAAAAGAGUAAGAUGGGUUUG